AUGACGAACAGCUCCAUGUCCUCCUCACCCUCUUCAUCUUCGGCCUCGACCACGCCCCAGCAGCCGGCAUCGUCCUCGUCUUCGCCGUUCGGCUCCGGCAGCAGCGGCAAGCGGCACAAGAAGCACGACCCCGUCGACUCGUCGCCACCAGAACGCAAGAAGCCGUUUGAGAGGAAGGGCCAGGAGAAGCUGCUGCACAACGCGGCCGAGCGGCGACGAAAGCAGAAGUUCAACGGCAAGCUGACGGAGCUCAACGACCUCCUGCCGCCCAGCGGCAAGCAGUCGAAGCCCUCCAAGAUCCGCAUCCUCGAGCGCGCGGUCGACUACACGCGCCAGCUCCACGCCCAGCUCGCCGCGCUCGAGGAGAAGAACCGCGUGCUCCAGCUCCAGCUCGAGUCCUUCCAGCCGCUACCGCCAUCGUCAUCAGCUUCAUCAGCGUCUUCUUCGUCAUCAUCGCAACAACACACGCGCAAGGCGCUCGGGAGCCCAACCGCGACGUCGACUUCGACAACGGCCUCGUCGGCGCACCACCUCGGCAUGCCGAUGGACCAGCAGCACCUGCAGCCGCACGCAGCCUACGAGAUGCACCACCACCAUCAGAUGCAGCACGACCUUCCGCACCACCUUCAGCAGCAACCACAGCAGCAGCAGCAGCACAUGCAGCACCACCAUCAACAGCAGCAGCACAUGCUCCAUCAGAGCGGCAGGGACGCCGACGCCAUGCUGAGCCUCGCACGCGCCAGCGCGGCCAUGCACCACUCUCAGCCCCACCACCACCAGCAGCAGCAGGCCUACCACCAACAGCAACACAUGCAGCACUACCAGCAGCCACACUACGGGCAGUACGCCGACCCGCACCAGCACGCGCACACGAUGAUGCAGUCAGCCGUGGUGGAUUCGCCACCGUCGUCGGCCAACUCUCCGCUAUCGACGAUGCAGCACCACCAGCAGCACCAGCACCCGCACCCGCACCACCGAAGCGGCUACACCAUGGCCGCCGCGGCCUCCAGCCCUCCUCCCACCUCGUCGGCCCUGCAGAUGCAGAUGUCCGCCCAUCUUCCACCCUCGGAACCGCACACGCCUCAACGCGCUCUCGCUGCCAUCGCCCAGUAG